CAAAUUAUUUCGUUUCGCGGGGUUUGUUGUGUCACUUUCUUUUUGACAAUUGACCUGUAUAGCUGUACUCUUCACUUUCUAAAUCUGAGAAACGCACUUCUCCGAAAGAAACACCAACCAGGCCGCUUUUGGUCUUUUGUCGAGAUACUCCUCCCUCUAUCUCCUGUUGCCGGCGAGAAUUGAUCCAUGUUUGCCCAAAUCUACGUGAAUAGCGUCGACCUAAAAUGGAAGCGAAAUCUAACGGUUCAGAGAUGCUCUAUGAACAUGAUCGAGCUU